GAUUCUUUUAGUUAGGUCCGGUAUAAAAGUAACAAACAAAACAGUACAGCCACAAGUGUAGCACAACUCGAUUCUCAGAAGAACCAACACUAAAACCAGAACUAUGGGCAAGAUCAUCUUCUACGAGGACAGGAACUUCCAGGGCCGCUCAUAUGAGUGCAUGAGUGACUGUGCUGACAUGUCCUCCUUCUUGAGCAGGUGCCACUCCUGUAGGGUGGAGAGUGGAUGCUUUAUUGGCUAUGAUCGUCCUAAUUACAUGGGAAACCAGUAUAUUUUCAGGAGAGGCGAAUACGCUGACUACAUGAGCAUGAUGGGCAUGAGGGACUGCGUCAGGUCUUGUCGUAUGAUCCCUAUGUACAGGGGAUCCUACAGGAUGAGAAUCUAUGAGAGGGAGAACUUUGGUGGUCAGAUGUAUGAGCUGAUGGAUGACUGCGACAACAUCAUGGAUCGCUACCACAUGUCUGACUGCAUGUCCUGCCAUGUGAUGGAUGGCCACUGGCUGAUGUAUGAGCAGCCCCACUACAAAGGCAGGAUGAUGUACCUGAGGCCUGGAGAAUACAGGAGCUUCAGGGACAUGGGAUUUGGAGGCACAAGAUUCAUGAGCAUGAGGCGUAUGAUGGACAUGUAAAAAUGAGUGUUUGAUAUCAACACAUAACAAAAAUAAAGGUUAAAAUUUUAAAACUUG